CUCACGUAUAAGAGACGCUCGCCUCGUCUCGUCUCUGGCUCCCGGUGCCCACCCAGGCUCUGGCACCCGUCCCCUCGUCGCACAACAUUCCUCUCUGCGAGCCCUCCGUGUAUCAUCUCGGCCAACACACCACCUACUGCUCCAGCCCCGCAAACCAAGUAGUUAGAAAUGGCUUCAACCACGGUUCCUGCCGCCACGACAGACCAACAGGCCUACCAAAACGGCCAUGCGCCCCAGGAACAUGACCAUGCCAGCCACCACGCCCCUGGUGUUCGGCCUCGACAGGCGACCGUGUCGCAGGUAUACGACCCGCAGUUCUUCAGCAUUGCCAAUCCUGGUCCCCUCGGCCUCAUCAGCUUCGCCUUGACCACCUUUGUCCUCGGCUUAUACCAAUGCGGUGCAGGUCUCCCCGGCUCGAAUCCCUUUGGCAGCGUCGGCCCCGACCAGGCCGUUUUUGGCCUUGCCAUCUUCUUUGGCGGCGCUGCCCAGUCCAUCGCCGGCAUCAUGCAGUUCCGUGUCGGCAACACCUUUGGCACCACCGUCCACUGCUCUUACGGCGCCUUUUGGCUCGCCUUUGCCAUGUUCCUCGUGCCCUCGCUCGGCAUCAAGGAUGCCUACGCCGGCAACGAGCGCGCCUACACGUUUGCGCUCGGAAUCUUUCUUAUUCUGUGGUGCUUCCUGACGCUCAUCUUCUUCAUCGCGGCGCUGCGCACCAACAUUGCCAUCCUCGUCGUGCUCGGCUUCCUUACCCUGUCCUUUUUCUUCCUCAGCAUCGCCCAGUUCAUUGCCACCUCGCACCCCACCAACGCCGUGCGCGUGAACCGCGCCGGGGGAGCGUUUGCCGUCUUCAGCGCGCUGGCGGCCUUUUACGCGGGCAGCUCGGGCCUCAUGACGCCGGCCACGACCUGGGUUCGCUUCCCGCUCGGCGAGUUUGACCACAAGCCCGCGGCGGUGUCGGCGAACGACAAGGCGGCGCACCAGGCAUAGGUCGCGUCUGGAACAUGUGGAGGAAAUGAUCUUGCGGAUGAUGAUUUUGGACGGUGGACGUCACUGAGGCAGCGGAGUUGCCGCUCACUUGAUACCCAACUUGCUGCUUUGUCGACACUUGCGACUACUGGGCGCGUGCGUAAUGGGAGGUGGCGCGGAAUGGGCCUGAUAGGUCACUGCAUGCGUCGAAGAGAGUAGCUUAAUAGCAACGCGAAGGGAAUAGGACCCA